AUGGGAGUUGUUUUUGGCAUUGUGGUCCGGGCAUAUGUUCCCCUCUCAGACCUAAACAAGAUCUACAUAGGCUUUCCAGGGGAGAUCUUAAUGCAAAUGCUGAAAUUAAUCAUCCUUCCCCUUGUUACAUCGAGUAUGAUAACCGGCAUCGCAGCUUUGAAAUCAGAUGUGUCUAGCAAAGUAGCCUUACGUGCGGCUCUGUAUUUCCUCUCAACAACGACUUUGGCUGUAACUACAGGUGUAAUCUUGGUGUUAAUGUUUAAGCCUGGGGCUACGUACCGUGCUGACAAGGCCGAGUUGGAAGAUGAUGGAGAGGGCAUCUCUACAGUUGAUGCCAUGCUGGAUCUUAUAAGAAAUAUGAUCCCAGCCAACCUGGUUCGAGCUUGCUUUCAACAGUUUAAGACUGAGAGGAUGGAAACUGAGAUUGAACCUGAGGGCAAUUCAUCUGUGGAACUUGGAGAGAUGGUAAUGUGCUCAACCAUGAAUAAGAAUGCGACCAUAGAUGUUGUUCUCGAGGGGACUCACGUUGAUGGAACUAACAUUUUAGGCCUCAUCAUUUUCUGUGUGGUAUUUGGUCUAGUCAUUGCAAAAAUGGGAGACAGAGGGCUUAUUCUGGUGGAGUUCUUCACAUCUCUUAAUGAAGCUACAAAGAACUUAGUGCAAAUUGUCAUGAAUUACAUGCCAAUUGGAGUGAUGUUCCUCAUUGGUAGCAAAAUUAUUGAAGUGGACAGCUGGGAUAUUGUCUUUAAUCUUGGAUACUUCAUCGGCACAGUUUUUGUAGGGUUAUUCAUCCACUGUACCCUGACACUUCCGCUCAUUUAUAUGUGUAUUGUGAGAAGGAACCCUUUUAAGUUAAUACUGGGCACGGCCCAAGCCCUGGUCACAGCUCUUCUGAUCUCCUCCAGCUCAGCUACAUUGCCUGUGACUUUCAAGUGUUGCGAGGAAGUCAACAAGAUUGACAUGAGGAUCCUACGCUUUAUGUUGCCAAUGGGCGCUACUGUCAACAUGAACGGCACAGCGCUCUAUGAGGGUGUGGCUGCCAUCUUCGUCGCCCAAAUGAACGACUUCAAAUUAACUUUGGGACAGAUAGUCACUGUUGGCAUCACUGCCGCUGCCUCAAGUAUCGGUGCCGCGGGGAUCCCAGCCACGGGGGCCGUGACCACCCUGCUGGUCCUGACGGCGGUGGAUUUACCAGUACGUGAUGCUGCGCUCCUCAUCACCGUGGAGUGGCUCCUUGAUCGCUUCUGCACUGCCAUUAAUGUUCUGGGUGAUUGCUUUGGUGCGGCAAUAGUAGAGAAACUCUCUUCAAAGGAGCUGCAGCUCAUGGAUGUGGAAAACUCUGAAUUGGGAAAUCAGCUUAAUGAUGUUUCAGGCUCCCCCUCUACAACUGAGCAGAAGGACCAAUAUGACACUAUGAUUGAGGUUCUGGGAGAGGAAACAUUAGGUGUGGGCCUGGUGAAAAAGCUUUCCGCCUCCAGUCACAGGGCUCAGCGAACCUCCUCUAGCAACUUGCAAGCUCAGAGUCCAAGCAACGAGGUCUAA